UUCUCCCUGUGCCUCGAUCUUCACGUGUCUUUUCCUUCUUUUUUUUUUUCUCAUUUAUAUUUUCUCUUUCUCUGACGGUGAUUCUUGAAUUUAGUUAUAUUCAUCUCUCUCUUUCUUGGCGGCUGAGAGAUUCAACAGUAAGAAAGAGAGAAAUGGAAGGACGAAAGCCAACUGCUUCUUCUUCUUCUUAUUCAUUUACAAAUGAGUUGUUCGGUUCCAAGGACUCUUCUUCUUCGAGAAUUUUUGGCUCCAUCUUUUCAUCUCCUCCUAAGGUAUUAGGAAGGGAGUCUCUGCGUUCUGAAUCAAUGGAGAAAAAGCAUGAGCCCUGGAACAACAAACCUGGAGUUCCUGGUGAUGCCUCUAAAAGUAGUGCAACUGAGAGUGAAGGCACACCAAAUAAGGACUUCAGUUCCUUGUAUCAGGAACAAAGAGUACAGCCCUGUCAUCUGAGUUCUUCAAUCUAUUAUGGUGGCCAAGACAUCUAUUCUCAGCCGCAGAAUUCUCAGGGCCCUGGAAUUAACUCUGUGUUAAAAAAAGAUGGAGAAGAUGAUUCGGGAAGUGCUUCCAGAGGAAAUUGGUGGCAAGGAUCUCUCUAUUAUUAAGAGUUGACUUGCCAAUGCUUACAUGCUUACCAAUAAGAUUAUGGCCACCGUCCGAAAAUUUCUCAACAUUCAUAGUCAUCUACAAGAUGCCUUCAAACUUUCAGAAUAAAAUCCCUGGAAGUUUCCAAGUCCACACGUUAUGUCUAAGACAUCCUGGAGAUGCCACGCACUAUGACAGCUAAAGGAGUGUUGAGUGGGAUGUGGCCCAGCAAGCACAAUAUCUAGCAAUCCAGCCAACUAAAACAGUCUUUUUCUAGUUCUUAUCUCAGUCUAAGAUCUCAAUUCUCAGGAAUAUGACCCACCAAUUAAAGCAGUCUUUAUCCAUAUAUGUUAUUUUGAUGGAACACUUCUUUAUCAAA